UUGCGUUGACGCACCUUAAAACCUUGUUUAUUUAACUUAAUCGUGCGUUGCUGCGUUAACGCAUUGCGUCAACGCAAUUGCGUCAACGCAGUGCGUUGUUGGAAGACAAUUCUUUUUGCGUUGACGCUGCGUUGCCCGCCGUUUUUGAAUUCUGAUUUGGUGCUUUCGCCAUUUUCGUCGUAUGACUUCGGUAUGUCCGGGAGUGAUGAUGGGUUGACAGUACGGUACCGGUAUUCAUUGCACAGUUGGAUGUAUACAAGUUUAUCCAUACAACCAGAGUGGCGAUACCGUUCGGUACCGUACGUGGUUCGUAAACUUACGGUACUUUGUACAGUGGACUAGAUUAUGCGCAUAAACUAAAAGGGAUCGUACGAUUUGUCUUUAGAAUACCGGUAUCCUUCAUUAAUUCAAUCUUGUUUAUACCAUGAGUCUAUCAAAUCAGCAAAAACUUGGAAUCAUGCUAUGGGCAAAGCGCCGCCGUGAAAGAGAAAACAAUACCUGUACCGGUACACGAAAUUCAAGGCGAUGGUGGGUGCACCCCAUCUUGAGAAAACGAGAGGAAGCUGGUGAAUUUCAUGCACUGGUACAGGAAUUACGGUUGCAGCGACCUGCAUAUUUCAAGGAAUAUUUUAGAAUGUCGACAAAAGAGUUUGACAAGUUACUUGGAAUUGUUGGUCCAAAAAUAGAAAAAUUAACGACGACGUACAGAAGGCCAAUUUCCGCUGCAGAGCGAUUGGCUGUAACAUUGAGAUUCUUGGCAACUGGAGACUCUUAUCGGACCAUUGCCAAUAGUUAUCGUUUAGGGAUUUCCACCGUUUCCCUCAUUGUACCAGAUACAUGCAGAGCCAUUUGGGACACACUCCAACCAAUGGUUAUGCAAUGCCCAUCCACCCAAGCUGCAUGGACAACAAUUGGGAAUGACUUUGAAGCGAGGUGGCAAUUCCCGAAUUGUUUAGGUGCCAUUGAUGGCAAACAUGUCAUCAUUCAAGCCCCAAACAAUUCGGGAUCCAUGUUUUUUAAUUAUAAAAAGACGCACAGCAUUGUGUUGAUGGCUGUGGUGGAUGCAAAUUAUAAAUUUGUGGCAGUCGACGUUGGAGGGUAUGGGAGGAGCAGUGAUGGGGGUAUAUUUGCCGACUCCUGUUUUGGCAGAAGAUUGGCCAAUGGUACCCUCAAUCUUCCUAAUCCUAGGCCAUUGGGAAGGACGAGUCAUGGAGACUGCACCCCAUUUGUAUUUGUAGCUGAUGAGGCAUUCCCUUUGAAGGAAAAUAUUAUGAGACCAUAUGGUGGGAACAACCUGAACUCAAAACAGAAAAUAUACAACUACAGGUUGUCCAGGGCUCGCCGAAUGGUAGAGAGUGUUUUCGGAAUACUUUCCAACCAAUGGAGAGUAUUCCAUAGGGUAAUGCCUCUUCAGCCUACAAAUGCUGAUGGGGUGGUGAAGGCCACCUGUUGCCUCCAUAACUUUUUGAGGAAAGGAGAAAAUCAGCCAGAAAGAGUGCAGGAAGCUUCCUCAGAAGCUGACAGCAAUACCUUACUGAGGAGUUUGUCACAGAUUGGGGGUCGUGCAACAUCCCGGGCGAUUGCUACAAGGGAAUCGUACACUGAUUUUUUUAGUGGCCAAGGAGCUAUUGGAUGGCAAAAUGACCAAGUUUGAAGGUCAAUGAUGAUUACAGGGUGGGAAAAGCAAGUUUUCAGUUUAUUGUUAUACAUUGUUUCAAAUAAAAGAGUUUUGUUUCUAUGAAAGUGUCAUUUCAUUUUAUUGACAUAUCAGUAUACUUAGUGGAGUGUAUGACAUGGAAUAUUUUAUGAAGUUUUAUUCAGUCUUUGUAAAAAUCAAAAUAGGGCUUUUGUGGUAAUGACAUACGGUAUAGGUAGAGUAAAAAUGUUUUCCCCACCUCCUGCUUUCGCAGUACGAGUUUAAAAACUCUAAGCUACCCAUAAACUCCCAUUUUUUUUUACAUCCACCCCCUGCCCCACUCCUACUCUCAAACGCCUCCUCUCUUUUCUCUCUCCUGAACCUAUCUUUCAACGACCUCCACCUUGUCUUGCAUUCUUUCACUGUUAAAACAAGAAUACCGGUACUGUUAUUUUCGGUUGCAUUGGACUUAAAGGGACUGUCCUCUCCAGUCCCCGAAGUGCGAGAUAAACU